AUGGCUGUGCCGGAUAAGUACCGCGAAUUAGGUGGAUUCUGCAAGUAUUAUUCGGGGGAAAAGCGCGCACCUAUUCUCACUAUCGUGAUUGGAGGCAAUCAUGAAUCGUCAAAUUACCUGUGGGAGUUGUAUCACGGGGGAUGGCUAGCGCCGAACAUAUAUUUCCUCGGGCAUGCAGGAUGUGUACAAGUAAACGGCAUUAGAAUUGCAGGCGCAUCUGGUAUAUUCAAAUACCAAGAUUUCCAACUUGGUCAUUGGGAACGGUUGCCGUACAACCAUGGAUCGAUGAGGAGCAUCUACCAUAUCCGCGAGUUCAACGUCCGCAGGUUGUCCUUGCUCUCCUCGCCCACCGUUUUUCUAUCGCACGAUUGGCCUAGAUCCAUCGAGCAGUAUGGCAAUCUACGCGAUUUGUUACGGCGAAAACCAUACUUCCGCGAGGACAUUCAAAAGGGCUCCCUCGGCUCACCACCCCUCAUGGGCUUGAUGAAGACACUGCAACCUGAUUGGUGGUUUUCUGCUCAUCUACAUUGUCGUUUUGAGGCCAAUGUAAGACACGGUGCUCAACCACAAGACAACAGACAAGCAGAGCCAACAACGGCGGAGGGGACAAACCCGGAUGAAAUCACGAUUGAAGACGAUGACACCGAAGAUACGAAAGCAGCUGAAGCGGAACCCCCUCAUUUGAGUCAAGAGAAGGCCAAUACAGAUGUCGAGGCUGAAGGAGAAGCAUCCGCUUCGCUACCUCCGAAGAAUACUAAAUUCAUUGCGCUAGACAAAUGCUUACCAAAACGACAAUUUCUUGAAGUAAUCGAUGUUCCAGAAUCACCUAUGCUAUCGAAUCUCCGUCCAGACGAAAGAAACCAUCUCCCUGUUUUGAGCUUCGAUCCCGAAUGGCUUGCUAUCACUCGUGCCUUCCAUCCAUAUAUGCCACUCAACCGACUACAAAUGUCUUACCCUGCAGAGACGGAAGCGAGGAAAGCAGUCGAGAAGGAACUGGAAUGGGUCAGACGCCAUGUGCUCCCCGAGUCAGGGAUUAAAAAAGUGGACGAUUGCCAAACAUUUAUUACGAGCGCUCCACCUCCGGGUUCGGAAGGCGCUAGCCGAAAGCAACAACCUCCACACUAUCCCAAUCCGCAAACAGCAGCCUUCUGCUCCAUGCUGGAGAUCGAUAACAAAAUUGAUCCAUCUUCCGCGGGAACGCAGCACACGACGCUACCUCACCCUCCUCAGGCUUGA